CAGACUCGUUUUCAUUCUUCGGCCACUAAGGCCAUAAACAUUGGAGCCAUGUUUGUGCUUGCAGAAAUGAAAGAUGUUGUUCGUAUUAAACCGCGGCAUUUUUCAUAUGAUCUACAUAGCACAAUUGCAUACGAACUAAACAAGAAGCUAGCAAAUAAGGUUGUGCAUGAAGUUGGGCUUUGUAUAACUUUAUUUGAUAUAACUGAAGUAUCUGACUCCUACAUUCUGCCUGGCGAUGGAGCUGCUCACACACCAGUAAAGUUCAGAUAUGUGGUUUUUAGACCAUUCAUUGAUGAAGUUCUUGUGGGUAAGAUCAAAGGCUCAAGCUCAGAUGGAGUUCAAGUAUCUUUGGGGCUCUUUGAUGAUAUUCUUAUCCCAGCUGUGUAUCUGCAGCAGAAGUCAAAAUUUGACGACGAUGAACAGUUAUGGGUAUGGGAAUAUGAGACAGACGAUGGCUCACAUGACCUGUUCAUGGAUGCAAAUGAGCCAAUCAGGUUUAGAAUUAUUGAUGAAGAGUUCAUUGACAUGACACCAUCAGGGCCAAUGCUAGCUGGAAACACUGAGACAACAGAAACUGCAGAAAAAAAGAAGGCUCCUUAUAGUAUUCUGGCGUCAAUAAGCGAGCCUGGUCUAGGAUUGCUGUCAUGGUGGAAUUCAACUGGGUGAUACAAAAACCGGCUACUGCUACAGCUGCCACGUGGCAAAGCAUGCUUACAUCAAGGCAAGGCAUUCUUUUGCCAAUCUCAGCACAUGCUACUUCGUCAAACUAAUGAUGUUAUCCCGUAUGUAGCAUUUCGAUACAUAUAUGUUGACUUGUGUGUUUGAAAAGAAAAUACUUAAGGCAUUCGAAGAAAGAUACUUGAAUGCAUACAUUGACAUUGAAUCUUGGAAAGAUAUUUCUUCUUGUGGUAUUGUAUAGUGAUGUUGUAUUUCGCAACCAUUAUCAGUUAGCCUCAUAUUGGUUAAAAUUUUUCAAACAGCAAGAAGUGAUAUGCAAAACAUACAAUUGACUUUGCCACACGGGUUUCAAGAUUUAUGGACAAUUUUCCCGAAAAUUAUUUGGUACAUUUAAGAUAUUUUUCUGUAACUCUUAUAAUAGUAAGAUAGUUUAUAAGUUUGAUUGAUAUGAAAGCAGUAAAGGUCUUAUUCAAGGCUUUCUUUAAUGCUUUUUCACAAUGGCUUGGUUUGUUCGAUAACAAACACGGGAGAUACAUAAGUUCUGUGCGUGUUGGAGCUAAAUAAUAACAACAGCAACAACAGUGGGAACAACAACAGCAAUAUCUAUAUCUAUUCAAGGCUAAAAAGUCACAUUGCAAAGAAGCUCCUACCCUUUA